AUGACUGAUUCUCAAAUUCUACUGCCAAUUAUGACAAUCAACGGACAUGAAUUAGAUGUUACCCCAAAUAUGAAUGCAUCAACUGAUAAUGAAAAUUAUAAUGGAGAUUUAUGUGGAAAUGUAGAAGAUAACAUGUCUUUCGCAUCAAAUGAUUCGCCCCGGAAACAAUCACAGCAACAUAAUCAACUCCAAGGACAAGAAGACAAUGACUGUCAUGAUCAACAUCACUCUGAUGUUCAACAGAAACAUCAACAACAGAGAUCACCCUACAAACUUGAAAAAUAUAUUGAGACUAAUAUAGAUCAAGACUGCAAUGAAAUGCAUCACAACAGUAAUGAUAAUGUUCAAAUGUCUCAUGAAAGUAAUUCUAAUUUAAAUGAGUUAAACAUGGAUGGAGAAGAAGAAAUGAAUAAAGAAGACAUUUCUAUGAAUCUCUAUCGAAUAAACAGUAGACAACAGUCGAAAGAGAUCCAUUCCAACGGUUAUCAUCAUAAUCAGCAGCCGCAGCAACAACAUAAAGUAAAUAGAUUGUCUGGGACUAAUACAAAAGCCUGUGCUAAGAAAUCAUUUGUCUGGAAAUAUUUCCAUCACCCUGAAAUAAAACACGGUAUACCAGAUCGUAGUCGUACACAGUGCAUUCUCUGUGAUAGUCAAUUGGCUUUUAAUGCAUCUGGGACAACAACAACAAUGUUGAAUCAUUUAAAAAGUCGUCAUGGUGAAGUUGCUGAACAAGAAGAAAAUCUACGUCGAUUCAAUCGUGAUUCGCGAAAGAAUCAAUUGCGUGGUAUGAUUUCAUCAUCGAACGACUGUAAAACAUCACCUAUCUGUACAAGUACUGGUAAUACAAUACUGAAGAAUAAUGAGGUGACUGAUUCAUUCAAUGAAAAUAUUCAAAUGUCAUGUAAUUUGCCAAUAAAUACCACCAGUAGUAGUAAUAAAUAUAAUCGUGGUACAUUAUCAGUUGGUCAACGUGGUAGACCUCCAGGUUCAGGUAGAAGACAAAAAUCUAUGCACUGCCCAAAGUCAAGCGAUAAUGUAGAUUUUUUAACACAAGAUGCUAUACCUAAUAGUAACCUGAAGUUAGAUGGGAUCACAGCAUAUUCAGUUGCAAAUUAUCAAACAGGAUUGUCCGAUCAACAGAAAGCCUUCUUAAAUGAGAUGUUACUUUCAGCUGCAGCAGCAGCAUCAGCAUCUGCAGCCAGUUUAUCAAGGGGUGAUGGUCGACUACUCAAUGGAAGUUUCAGCAAUCCAACAUCGUCACCACCAACAGCUUCAUCACCCCCAUUUUUGGCAUCAUCUACACUGACAACACAGUUACCAAAUGAAUCAAAUUCCACCAAAUCACCAUUUACAUUUUUGAACAGUGUGACUGGACUGCCAAAUAUUUCAUUUAGUUUACCUAUGAAUACGCCGCAGAUCAACUGCGUGACAGGAGUAGCAACAGCAGCAACAGCAACGACAACUGCUCAUGAGUUAUCACCCUCGUCUAGUUCUGGUUUGGGUUUGAGUAGUGUAAAUAGUCCAUUUGAGACGCCAACUACUGCACAUAUUACUUUGGCUAGCAGUAUUCUCUUGUCAUCAUCAUCUUCAUCUUCUUCACCGAAUAAUUCUCUUGGUUAUCGUAGCAUUGCAUCACCAGGUGGGUGUGGUGGGCAGUCAAAUGUCAAUUCCCAAACUAACUUUUUACCGAACACUCGAGUUUUUCAAAAAACCAAAGAAUUCAGUCAUAUCGCGGAUAAUCCUUUGCAAACAAAUAGUAUCCUCAUGAAUGGACAAUCAUUUAACCUUACCGAUCAGCGUGUUAGUGGUAGUCAUGAUGCUACAAACUUUACAGUGAACAUGCAGAGUCUAACUCAAAACAAGGAAAAAUUCUUUAACUUGAAUCAUGAAAAUAAUGAGAAUAUAUUCGAUUUAACACAAUCGAAUAAAGUUGUCAACCCUUCAACCAUGCAGUCAAUGGGCAUCACAACAAACAGUGCGAACCCACUACCAAUAUUAAACUGUCCAUCAGAUAUGAUGAUGUCGGCUUUCGGGAGUUUUGUCAGUUUAAUGCCACCUGUUAAUAAUCUAAACGAAAAUACUACUAACAGCAUGAUGAACAGUAGUAUAAAUGACGUAACGACAAUAAAUCGAUGUAACGAAACGAAUAUGUCGAAUCAUUUUCAUGCCAGUCAAUUACAACAAUCUAUGACACAGUCAAUAUCACCACAACAGCAACAAAACCAACAGUUGCUGAUGGCUAACGCGUGGUUGGCAAGUUUAGCAAGUGGAAAAUUUCCGAAUUAUUCGAACAAUCUGGUUGAUCCCUGUGUAAUGUUUAAUCUGUUAAAUCUAAAUUCAAGUACAAUAGGAAAUGGAUUGAAUAAGUUGUCCAAUGUUUCAAGUAUUGCAUCUACAGAUCCAAAUUUUACAGAAAGUUUCAAAAUUAAAAAUGCUACUGACAUCAAUUUACCUAUAAACUCAUUUAAUCAUGAUAAUUUAAGCUUUCCAAUGAACUACCUAAUAACUAAUCACAAUAAAGGAAACAGCGAAGAAACCGUAUCCAACUGGUCAAAAACUUGUAGUUCAAUGCCAAUGAUUUCAAAUAACGGGUCAUUCAACAAUGGAUCAAGUAUAGAAGUAAUAAGUAAAUUUGACAGCGUUUCUUCAUCAAAUCAAUUCAAUAGUAAUCCUGCAUGUACAGGAAUAAAUUUAACAAGUAACCAAGAGACAGAACAACAACACAGAGCUAUUCAAGAUGGACAGAACAGUGUUUUGUCUUCACCAUCAUCACUACCAAUUAGUGGAGUUGGGAACUUUCAAGUGACUUCAGAAAUCCCAGCUAAUCAAAAAGGUAACGACAGUGACUGUACUAGUAGCAAUAAUAACAGUAAAAACUCACCUUGCAUACUACCUAACUUAACGUGUCAGUCAAUAAGACAAGAUAAUUUCUCUGGCUCAAAUGCACUACCUUUCAUAUUGAAUGGGUCAAAUAAAGAAAUAAAUGAUAUUACACUAGAUUUAUCAAGAACAUCGAACAUAAGUAACAGUAAUCAUAACAAUAACCCUACAGUAAUUGUCAACGGUAAUAUCAAUACCAAUACAAUAAACAGUAAUUAUUCAUGUAGUAGUGUAAAUAGCUUAGAGUCAUCACAUAGUAUCAAAGUUCACGAUGUAAUGAGUUGCGCAUUGGAUAUGCGAUCAAACAGUUAUACAGCUGAUCAUAAAUACUCUUCUGCUCAAUAUCGAAAUUUAAAUCCAACAUUAUCCUCUUCAGCUGGUCACACAGUAUCAACCAAGCGUAAACGAGCUCGUCCUAUUUAUAUUUCACCAGAACAAGAAUCGAAACGCUGUUCUACAGAAUCUAAUCCAGUGUUAGACGGUGAGGAUUUGAGAAUGAAGAGAUAUCAUACAGAAACCACUCACUCUCAAAUUAACACUAAUAUUGUUUCAUCUGUUAACGACAAAACAUCCUGUUUGAAAACAAAGGAGAAUUUGCAAAACAUACAAGAACAAGACGAUGAACAGAAUGAGGUUGGUGGUGAAGACAGGAUACUUACCAGUCAGUCAGCACCAGCAUCUUCAUCAGUGACAUCCGCGACAUCAAAUAUGAGUAUACACUCAACAUUUAGCAGUGGUGUUACGCGUAAUGAAUUGUCCUAUCAUAUUGCACAAUAUUUAAUUCAAGAUAUGAAACCACUUGAAACCAUUGAAGGAGAAGGAUUUCAAAAUCUGUUAUCUCUUUUCACGAAUCAUAAAGUACCAACAACAAAGGAAAUUUCUGAGGUAACAUUUCAAGAAUUAUUUGACAAAGUGGAUAAUCGCUUGAAUCAGUUACUUGCGAAUAGAAUUACGGAGUCGAAUUUGAUCAAUCCAGCCAUCAGUUUCUCCAUUGAAUUAUGGGAUACGUUAGAUGACAGCCGUAAUAGUAAUACUGUCAACAGUUCAGACGAUUUUGCAGUAGACAAUGAUAGAUUAGAAUAUGCCAAUAUUGGUGUUCAUUACACCUCUGGCCAACCUACAACAACGAAUAAUUAUUUGUACAAAUGCUUGCAAAAUCCAGAUGGUGAAAGCUUGUAUGAAGCACUACAGAAAUGUAAAGAAUGUCUGUUGUCUAAAAUCAACCUACCAACAAAUGAAAUGGAAGCUGAAAAUGUAGAAGAAUCUUCUCCAACAAUGUCAACUAAAACGGUAUUAUCACUUAUUCCUGAUACCAUCAAUAAGAAAGUUAAUAUGGCACAAUCACGAAUUCAGUCAUUAUAUAAAAUUAUGGAAAUCUCUGAAAAAUUAAUCAAUGAAACCGAAUCCAAUGUACUCAUACUACCAUGCCUUGUAUCUGAGUUAUCCAAGGCUUUAUUAGUUGGACUGAAUACAGAUAUGAUUCGAGAUCUAGUUGUCAACUUACUGAAAGAGUAUAAUUUUAAAAUGAAGAAGCAUAUCAAGGAAAACUCUAUUGUGAAUUUAAGCGUAGAAGAAAUGAGGAAAUCGCUUUGCUGUAAAGCUGUUUAUAAUUUGUUAAAAUGGUACUUGUAUCAGUCCUCAGUUGAUCAUAAUAAUGCUGAUGCCUUUGCUGGAGAUGAUGCUAUUGCUUCAAAUAAAUCCGAUUUGGAAACGGUAAAAGGGAUAAUUUCGGUCUUCGAAACCAUCAGUCAAACUUUAGAGUUUAUCCAUAAGAAAGACUUAAUCCUAACUGGUUCAAUGAUUGAGCCAAUUUUAACGAAUUUAUGCGAAAUACGUCUUGCCUGUGAAUCAUCGGAUUCAACUACUGUGGAAGAAUUCAAAUCAACCAUAGCCUCUUACUUAAUAAAUUCCUUCCCCAAUAAUGGUUUGACCUAUGAAACCUUAUGGAUAGCUAGUCUACUGGACCCACGUUUUAAAAGUCAAGUACAAGAUAAACAACCAUCAAUCAUCAAGUUACUGAAAACAAAAGUUGAUCUCCUGUUUAAUCACUCUAGUAUAAAUAGCGGUAAUAGUUCCACAUCAAGUUCAGAUAAUCAGUUACAUCAUCUACAAUCAGUAUCUGACAAUGUAAAUGUGACAUCAGAUUCGAAUCCUUCUUCAAAUAAACAUGGAUUAGAAACUGUAUUUGGUCUAAAUUAUUUUUCACGUUCGUCAUUAUCUGAAGUCGAUAGAUAUAUUCGUGAAGAUCCCAUCGGUUUAGAAGAAGAUCCUUAUUUAUGGUGGAAAAUGAAAUCAACCAAUUAUCCAAAUUUGUCCUUAUUAGCUAUGCAUUAUUUAGCUAUACCUUUGACAUGCAUUACACCAGAGCGAUUAAAACCAUUGAUCACCAUUGAAUCCACGGAAAUGAAUAACCGAAAUGUUCUAGAUGUCAAUGUGAAUUUACUUACAACAGUAUAUGAAAAUAAAAACCAAGGCAAAUUCUGUUCAACAUCAUUAAUGCUAUUAGACCUACCAAACAUUGUUGAUGUGUUUGGUCAGGGUCGUUUAAGUAUAAAAGCAGAAAAUCAAAUCAUGUAUAAUUAUUUAUGGCAUAACUGGCAUUUGACAAAGUUUGUUUAA